AUGUCUUCCAAUCGGACAAUUGAAAUGUUAAGACCAUAUAUGAAAGAUUUCGACAGCAUUGUCUUACCUUACUGGCAUAAAUUUGAACAACCAAAUCCAUACUAUCAAUAUGCCAUAGGUUUAUUCAUUGCUGUUGUUGGGAUAGCUGGUGUGUGCCUUAAUUUAUUAGUCAUCAUAUUUUUUACAAUGUUUAAAGCUCUUAGAACACCUUCUAAUAUUCUUGUUGUAAAUUUAGCAAUAUCAGAUUUUGGAUUUUCAGCGGUUAAUGGCUUUCCAUUAAAAACUAUAGCAGCAUUUAAUAAUUUCUGGCCAUGGGGUAAAAUUGCCGCUGUAGCACUGGAUCGCUACUUAGUUAUCGCAACUCCAUUUGAAAGUGUAUUUCAGACAACUCCUAGACGUACAUUAUUGUUAAUGUUAUUUUUAUGGUUGUGGUCUCUUAUUUGGACAAUUCCACCGCUUUUCGGAUUUGGACGUUACGUAACAGAAGGAUAUCAAACAUCAUGCACUAUGGAUUACAUAUCUACCGAUCUGAACAAUCGAUUAUUCAAUGUUGGACUAUUUGGUUUCGGUUUUUUAUGCCCUUUAUUUUUGUCACUAUUCUGUUAUUCAAGAAUUAUUCUCAUUGUAAGAAGUCGAGGUAAAGAUUUUAUAGAAAUGGCAGCAAGUUCCAAAGGUACUAAUCAAAAAGAAAAAGGUGCUAAUGUAUCAUCUACAAAAUCAGAUACUUUUGUAUUAAAGUCAUCAGCUAUACUGUUAGGCGUUUAUUCUCUAUGUUGGACCCCAUAUGCCGCUGUCUGUUUCAUAGCUCUUAUUGGUUACUCUGAUUACAUAACACCAGUAAUGGUUGAAUUACCAUGUUUGUUUGCGAAAACGGCAGCCUUAUGGGACCCAUGUAUUUAUGCUUUCAGAUAUCCGAAGUUUCGUGCACUUUUGCAACGUCGAUUUGGAUUCCUUGGACUAAGCAAAAAUAAGCAACAGAUACGAUAUCAAAAAGAUAACCACUUUACUGAUAGUAAGUCAUCAUCAAAGUCUUGA